AUGAACCCGACCGAACAUGGCGAGUGCUUUGUUCUUAACGAUGGCGGAGAAGUCGAUCUGGACUUGGGCAAUUACGAACGAUAUCUCAACAUCACUUUGACCCGAGAGAACAGCAUCACAACGGGGAAAGUGUAUCAACACGUCAUCGAACGGGAAAGAAGAGGAGACUAUCUCGGGAAGACCGUCCAGGUGGUUCCCCAUCUCACAAACGCAAUCCAGGACUGGAUUGAGAGGGUUGCGAGGAUUCCCGUCGACGAUUCCAAUGAAGAGCCGGACGUGUGCAUCAUUGAGCUUGGUGGCACGGUUGGCGACAUCGAGAGCGGGCCUUUCAUUGAAGCCAUGCGGCAACUUCGAAGGAGAGCGGGUCGAGACAACUUCUGUCAAAUCCAUGUCUCCCUCGUGCCCGUGAUAGGUGGUGAACAGAAGACGAAGCCUACGCAGGCAGCAAUCCGAGAUGCUCGCUCAGCUGGUCUGGCGCCUGAUCUGAUUGCCUGCCGUUGCAAGGACCGGCUUAUUGAUGCAACCAUCAACAAGAUUGCCAUGUUUUGCCAGGUCGAGCCCGCUCAGGUCAUCGGCGUCCAUGAUCUUGAGUCGACAUAUCACGUUCCGAUCCUUCUUGAACAAGAAGGCCUGCUCACGCAGCUUCGAGAGUUCUUCCGUCUUGACGCGUAUCCGAUCCACCCAACGCUAGUUUCGAAAGGCCAACAGCUAUGGCACGAUUGGAAAGCCCUUACCACAUCUCAGAACCGAUUCCUGGAGUCGGAAACAGUCACCAUCGCUCUCGUGGGCAAAUAUACAAAUCUUCACGACUCAUAUUUGUCGGUCAUCAAAUCCCUGGAACACAGUGCCAUGGCUUGCCACCGCAAGCUUGAUCUCGUGUGGGUGGAAGCCAGUGAUCUGGAGAAGGCGACCAUGGAGUCGUCGCCAGAAUCUUAUCACAAGGCGUGGCACCAACUUUGCACAGCUGACGGCGUUCUGGUUCCCGGUGGUUUCGGCCACCGUGGUACUGAAGGCAUGGUUGCUGCUGCGAAUUGGGCCCGUACAAAACCCAAACCGUAUCUCGGUAUUUGCCUGGGCAUGCAAAUCGCCGUGAUCGAAUACGCUCGCAAUGUGUGCGGACUUGAAGAGGCACAUUCAGUCGAGCUAGAUGCGCGUACCGCGGACCCUGUGGUCAUCUUCAUGCCUGAAAUCGACAAGACGACUAUGGGUGGCAACAUGCGAUUGGGUCUCCGACCUACACUUUUCCAAGAAGACACCGAAUGGUCACGGCUGAGGAAAUUAUACAACAACGCACCGAGUGUCAACGAGCGACACCGUCACCGAUAUGAAGUCAACCCCCAGUACAUUGAGCGCCUCUCUGAAGCCGGGAUGACGUUUAUCGGCAAAGACGACAAGGGAGAACGGAUGGAGAUUGUCGAGCUCAAAGACCAUCCGUUCUUCGUGGGUGUCCAGUUCCAUCCGGAGUACUUGAGUCGGGUGCUCCAACCGAGUCCUCCUUAUUUGGGUUUCGUGGCGGCGAGUGCAGGUCUCCUGGAGCAUGCUACUGCCGCUGUGGCUCGGAAAGGUCAACAGGUCAACGGGACUGGCGCUCAUGCCGAGAUCAACGGUGUUCUGAGCAAUGGCAUGCGUAAGGUCUCUAUUUCUGGAUCGGGCUCUGGAUUUUAG